UCAUUGAAUGACACGUCCUCCACCAGUCAACAGCGUCGCGCUUCUCUUUAGCCAUGAAAAUACAACACGAUGAUUCGUAUUAAGUAUCGAUAUGUUUUUAUUAGCGUUUGAUUUGAGGUUCGGAAGGGUCUGUGAUCGUCUGCGUGUGUUGGUUCCGUUCUGUGACGCGUUCCUACAGUAAAUGUUCAGGAUAGACUUCACUGUCAAUCACUGACUGAUAAUCGACUGCUGGAGUUGGGUCAUGGAGGCGGUUCUGAAGCGACUGCAGACGCUGACCGCGGAUCAGCUGCGAGGCGAGCUCACCGGCGCCGGACUCAGAUGCGGCCCGGUCACAGCCACCACCAGGAGCGUCUUUGAGAAGAAGCUGGCCCGAGCUCUCCUGCAGGAGGACGCGGUGCAUUCUGGGAGCUCACCUCCUGCGGAGGAGCUCCAGCAGCCAAUCAGUGAGCAGAACCGAGAGGAAGAGACCGCUGAAGCUGAAACCCCAGAGCCGCAGACGGAGAGUCCGUGUGUUUAUUACGGCGUGUGUCCUGAGCCGGACGACCCAGCGGCUCAAGAAGGAGCGCUGCAUGUGUACGUCGAUAAGAUGAAGGCGCUGAAGGCCGUGAUGAAGCUGAAAGGAGCUCGAUUUAAAGCCUUCGCCAGGAGAGAAGACGCGGAGAACUUCGCUAAAGGUUUCUGUGCGUCGCAGCUCAAACCGUCUCCGGAGAAAACCAGCGCAGACGCUUUGAACCUGGAGAAGGCCAAUGAGUUUAAGAGUCCUCGAACCCAAGACCUGACGGCCAAACUGCGUAAAACCGUGGAGAGCGGAGACGAGGAGGCGUUCAGGGAGCUGGUGUGGGGGAACCCUCGAUACCUCAUCGGAUCCGGCGACAAUCCCACUAUCGUGCAGGAGGGCUGCAGAUAUAACGUCCUGCAUGUGGCGGCUAAAGAGAACCAGGCGGGCAUCGCUCGUCUGCUGCUGGAGACGCUGGAGGACCUGGAGUUCAUGCGGCUCAUGUAUCCUAACGAUAACGAGCUCAUGCUGCAGCAGCGCAUUCGAUACAUCGUCGAUCUGUACCUCAACACGCCUGACAAAGCUAGCAACGAGACGCCGCUGCACUUCGCCUGUAAGUUUGGAUGUCCGGAGGUGGUGGAUGUUCUGUGUUCACAUCCGAGCAUCGACAAACACUGCAGGAACAAAUACGACCAGAAACCGUCCGCUGUGAUCUGUGAGCGCAAGAACAAGAGCAAGGAGGUGAAGCAGAAGAUCAUGGACUAUUUGGAAGACAGAUUUUAUGUGCCAUUGCUGCGGGCCGCAGACAACACGCUGCAUCCGGUGAUCGGCGCCCCCUGGUGUCUCACUUCACCGGAGUCCUGUGAUCAGUUAAACAGUCCUGACCGGAUGAUGGACAGUCCCAAAAACCCAGUAAUGACCGUCAAGGCUUUUGCUGGGCCUGUGAAUUCAUCAAAGGCCGAGGAGUUUCUCAGACUGUGGAAGACGCCGCGGCGAGAGCGAGCCGAAUACUUCCAUCACAUCCUGAAGACUGACUCGGAGCGCGGCGCAGAGAGAGUCGGCCGAGAGCUGGCUCAUGAGAUGGGACUCCCGUGGGCCGAACACUGGGCUUUCCUCGGCUGCUUCGUGGAUCUGAGCAGCAGCGACGGACUGAAGAUGCUGGAGGAGCACCUGAGCUCCACCGAGGACCCUUCAUCCGCAGGGCGCUCUGAUGGAUCGUUUCUUGAUGAAGUGUUCCCGGUGCGGGAUCUGCUGCAGGACUUUGAGAAGGUUCUGCUGGAGCGGAGCGCUGAUGAAGACGGCUCCAGCUGCGGCUCAGACGAGUAUUUCACAGCUGACGAGGACACUGACGAGGACACGGUCCAGCCGGACUCCUGCAGCUCCUCCAGCUCCUCGUUUAAAUCCACACACAGCACGACGGAUCUGAGCCUCAGAGCUCAUGUGUUUAUAGCAGGGUGAGACCGAACACACCGCUCAGACUCGUU